AUGACCGACGCCUGGUGGUGGUGGGCGACCUCCAUGGACAGCUACAGGACAUACUUCACGUCUUUGAAGAACACGGGCCUCCCUCUGAAGAGGUCGAUGCAGGAAAUGGUCAUAGCGUGCUUCUUCGAAGCGACGGCCAUGUCGUGGCUUGUGGAAGGAAUGAGUUUGGACAGUGCGACAUUCCAUGGCAUGGGAGUGGAGCAAGCUGCCAUUGUCAGGUUUCUGCAGGUGUCCGCCGGUGGCUUUCAUACGGUGCUUCUCCAAAGUGAUGGUCGUGCCGUUGGUUUUGGAAUGAAGAACUUUGGUCAGUGCCAGAUUCCAUCUCUGAAGUCGUGGCUGGAGCUUCUAAGUAUGGCACCCUCCGGCCGCCGCUACAUCUGCGAUCAUGGACCAUCAGGCAAAGACAACGUGUUCCAACUGGAUUUGGUUGCUGAAGAUGAUGUAGCGCUGCUGACAUGCUGGAAUUUAGCUGGGCAUGAGGUCUUGCGCUUAAGGACACAUUGCUCUGACCUGGCUGUGGAUAUUCACAACCGCAUUGCACUUGAGCUGAACGCAAGCCGCCAAAGGGUUCAAGUGGUUUUGCACGAUGGACAGUUAUUCGCAUCAGUCUGCAGAGCCAAUCCGUCGGCCAGAAUUGUGGAUUUGUGUAGAACUUCUGAAAUGUCCAGUACUGGGCAUUUAUCCAAGAACCUGAAUCUAGAGCUGUUGAACUGUCGGAGACCGUCCAGUUGGGAGUGA